AUGGGAGGACGGCACAGCCAAGUGGGAAGGACGCUAUCUAUACGGUCCUGGGCCUCUGCCUUGCUUUGCUGCUGUUGUCAGAGGAUUCUUGAAGUGACGCCCCAGGGUUUCUGCGAGAUCCAGAGGAGCAGGAGCUCCCACUGCCUUGGGCUGCAGGAUCCUUCUUAUUUAGACAUGACCUACUUUCCUGACAAUGAUCUGCACAUGGCAGUCUGUGCAGGAGAUUUACGGUUUGUGCAGCACUACUGCACCGUGGGUAACUACGAAGUCAAUCACAGAGACAAGGAGAACAGGAAUGUAAUGCAUUUUGCCUGCUUCUAUGGCCACCUAGAAAUGGUAAGUUAUCUGUGGAGACGUGGCUCUGAGAUCAACGCCCAUGAUGAGCACAACGUCACACCUCUGAUGAAGGCUGUUCAAAGCUGGUAAGAGGAGAUUGUAUUCUUUCUGCUGGAACAUCAUGCUAAUCUUCACAUUAAAGAUGACAAAGGGAACACUGUGCUCCACUAUGCUGUUUAUGCAGGGCAACCAACCACAACUGUCAGACUGCUACAAUACGGAGCAAAUAUUGAAGAAAGAACGAAGGAUGACUACACACCACUACUGCUUGCUCUCAGGGAAAACAGACUGAAGGUGGCAGAAGUUUUAGUAAAGAUGAAUGCAAAUGUACAUGUAGUUGACACUCUGAAGCAAAAUUCUCUAAUGUAUGCUGUAAGAUGUGAAUCACCAGUUAUGGUCCACCUUCUUCUUCAACAAGGUGUUGACAUCUCUUUUAAAGACUCAUUUGGAUAGACUGCUUUACAUUAUGCUAUUGAAGGUGAUCGCAAGGUGUAA